GUUUCUGGAGCAGACCUCCUGCUCCUGAAGCUGCCGCCCGCCUCACUGAGCAUUUCUACCCCAGUGCGAAGGCCACUCACAGGGAGAGAUGCUGAAGCCAGCCCACCUCCUGCUGUUGCUGCUGCUGGUGCCGGGGGCCCCCCGGCCAGGCCUCUCCCAGAAGUCCUGCGGGGCCAAGUCCUUGUUCAGCUGUAUUGACACAGCCCUGUCGGAGGCCAGGAAGAGCCGGCUGGGGGAUGCGUCGCCGCUGAGCGAGAGAGGCUUGCCCUACCCGCCCAGCCAAGAGCCCUCCUCAGGACAGGACGACGAAAAGGAGGCGGAAGAAGACAAGAAGAAGACCUUCCCAGGCUCCAGGGGCGGCAGUGGCGCAGGAAGCGCCCGGUACAGAUUCCUGCCCCCAGCUCAGCCCAAGGGGAGGCUGUACCCGGACCAGGCCAAGGGUGACCGGCGCACCAAGUUCACGCUGUCCCUCGACGUCCCCACGAAUAUCAUGAACAUCCUCUUCAACAUCGCCAAGGCCAAGAACCUGCAGGCCAAGGCAGCUGCCAACGCGCUCCUGAUGGCCCAGAUUGGGCGUAAGAAGUAGAAACAGAGGCCUGCAGGAGGGUGGCGGACACGGACGGAGGCCGGGGUGGAGGGCCAGGGGCUGCCGGUUCGGCCGCUUUGUACCUGCGGGGAUGGGUCGGGUUCUCCAGGCUGCUUCACCGCUCGGCCCUUCUGCUCCCUUCCCACCUGCAGCCCAGCCCCUCCUCUGCGCACACGCACACAAGCGCAGGCCU